CUGUGGCUUUCUCCUCUGGACAGGACCAACCCCUACUGUCUGACUCUUACCAAUACUGGUCAUUCUGCUUCUUUACCUGAUCUGACGUUCUUCCUACUCUGCCUUCUACAGCUUUCAUUGAUCUAAGAGUCUAGAGGCUUUUGUUUUGCGGAGGCCUAUUGAGGACCACUGUUCAUCAUGGGUUCAGUGCGGUGUCCGCCACCUGUCCCACACCCCACAAACCUACCUGUCCUAGAGGCCAAAGUAGAUCACUUGACUCACAAGUUGGAUGAGCUCCUCUCCAGAGAAAUAGGUGCCUGCACCAUCUGCUCCACCUGCAGUCUGCACAGUGGCCAGCCAGAGGCAACAGAAAGGCAGCUUGUGGCCCAGUCCAGGCUGCUAGAGAACUUGGAGAGGAAGAUCAGUGAGAUGCAGAGGACCUUAGAGGGCCUGGCCAAAGGUCUGGAGCAAAGGAACCCCCACACUUGCCAGGGAGCUUCCCCAGCCCCACCCAUCGAGCCACCACCUAGGACAGUUUAUCUGCCAGCCAGGACGUCAUUAGUCACUUCUAAGGAUGAGAUCCCGGAUCAGUUGGAGACAAACAGACAGCAGGACAAGACACAACACACUCCUACCACCCCAGCAAAGAAAGAGAUAGAUGCAACGAAAACAUUGACACGGCUGGCAGUAGCGGUUGUCCCAUCAACGGUGCACACUCAAAAGACUUUGACUCAGACGUGGAUCACAGUGACAAAGAACCAAGCGGCCACACCCAUCGAGGCAUCACUUAGGACAGCAUCUCUGCCAGUCAGCGAUUCAUUAAGCACUGAAAAGGCUGAGACCCAGAAUCAGUUUGAGACGAACAGACACCAGGAAACAACGCAACACACUCCUAUCGCUCCUGCAAAGAAAGGUAUGGGAGCAGAGCAAAGAGACUGUGUUGGGGCUGCAGCAGGAGAGCAGCGGAUUGGAGGGAACCAACAGGGGGUCAGAGGUCAACCAAUGGCAGCAGAGUCCCACAGACAGAGUGAAACUAAAAGGGGUGGGAUGAGAGAGGUUCCAGCUGUAGCGAUUGUCCCAUCAAUGGCGGACACUCCAAAGACUCAGACGAGGACCACAGUGACGGAGAACCAAGCAGCUGCUCCCUCAAGUCCCACCCCCGCACCAAAAAAUCAGUCUGGGUUGGCUGUCCUUAUGGCAACCGUGGAGAGCUCCUCCCUCAGACAAGUGCACAGCUGUCCAGAGUCCUUGCAGAGGAUCCAGAGCUCAAGGCCCAUGCCGCAGUCUGUCUGCCCUGCCCGUGGACCUGCUGUUGGGAAGACCUGCAGUGUGUUGGGAAGGGCUAGUCCAGUUGCAGCCAGUGGAAUACAGAUCAGAGUAGUCCCUGCUGCAGCAGAAAGGACCCGGCCCAAGUCCCCACCCAAAACCUGCCAUAAGGUCAUAGAUGACGUUCCCCCCCAGCCGGCUCCUUUCCUUCACCACUGUGUGUCGUUGCGAUCCAACCCCACAUCUGACACCUUCAUUAUCCACACCAGAGAGGUGCUGGGGAGCGGACGCUUUGGCAAGGUGCACAAGUGCACCGAAAAAUCCUCUGGACUUAAACUCGCAGCUAAGAUAAUCAACACACGGACUGCUAAAGAAAAGGAAAGGGCAAAUAACGAGGUGCAGGUGAUGAACCAGCUGAGUCAUCCUAACAUCCUCCAGCUCUACGAGGCCUUUGAGGCCAAGCACCAGCUGGUGUUAAUUCUGGAGUAUGUUGAGGGCGGGGAGCUGUUUGACAGGAUUGUGGAUGAGAGCACACCGCUGACUGAGGUGGACGCCAUGGUAUUUGUCAAGCAGAUCUGUGAAGGGGUCAGCUACAUGCAUCAGAUGUAUGUCCUCCACCUCGACCUGAAACCGGAGAAUAUCCUUUGUGUGAAUCGCACUGGCCAUCAGGUUAAGAUUAUCGACUUUGGGCUGGCAAGAAGAUACAGGCCUCGGGAGAAGCUCCGAGUAAAUUUUGGAACCCCUGAAUUUCUGGCCCCAGAGGUGGUCAACUUUGACUUUGUGUCCUUCCCCACAGACAUGUGGACCUUAGGGGUCGUCACUUAUAUGCUUCUAAGUGGCCUUUCACCCUUCCUGGGUGACGAUGAUAGCCAGACCCUCAACAACGUCCUCUCUGCCAACGGUUCUUUUGAGGACGAGGCCUUUGAGCACAUCUCAGCUGAGGCCAAGGACUUUAUCUCCCACCUUCUGGUCAAGGAGAGGGGAGGGCGAAUGAGUGCUGCACAGUGUCUAAGACAUCCGUGGCUCAACAACAUUGCAGAGAAGGCCAAGGGCAGCAAUAUAGUACUGAAGUCCCAGGUCCUGCUGAAGAAAUACCUGGCCAAGAGACUAUGGAAGAAAAACUACAUUGCGAUAGCAGCAGCCAACAGAUUCAAGAAGAUCAGCAGCGGUGGGGAGCUGACCUCUCUGGAUACGGAUAUGGAUACAGUACCUAUAGCAACGGUGAUGGAACAAACAGCUAGAGCCUUGUCCUAAGAGCUAACGAGGAUGUGAUGCCUGCAUUCUAGUAACGCUUCCAGCUAAUUUUACUGCAGGCAACAAUGCAAUUGAAUACAAUGGAAUCCUCAUUCAAUACAAUAUGAUGGGAACUUAACUAUUGUGCUAACAUCCUUUUGUCAAUAUGCUAAGCUAACCUCAAUACAAAUCUAUUACUAUAAAGUGUGCGUUCGUUGAACUGACAAAAAUAAACUCUACACAAAUGUU